AUUAAUAAUACUUAACAGUGCCCUGCUCCUGAUCGAUCUCAGUCGGUCUCUUCAUCACUUCCAUAGUUGGACUCCUCGAGGAUUGAGGUUCGAUUUUUGGGUAUGGAGUUUCCCAUCCAAAUCUGCAGAUUGUUUCAAACUGAGAAAAGAAAAUGGUUACUUGUAGUUGGUUUGGUGUCUAUUACUCAUAUUUUUUGUCAAUUUCUCCUUCUUCCUUACGGGAACAGUCUAAGAUCUCUGUUACCAUCUACUGAUGAGUCCUCCAAGCCACGUUCAGAUGAUCGUCAGUACUUUUCACACCCAGCAUCUUCCAAUCUUUCCCAUAGUACUUCAUAUUUGAUUAACAAUGUAGUCAAUAAGAGUGAUGUUCAUUAUUUGGUUGGAGAACAGACAAGAAAUCUCGAUGAAGAUUCGUUAAUUACGAAAUUGGUUGUUGUUGAUGAAGACAUCUCCGAGCUUGAGAACAUUGAGGAUUACAUUUCCGUUAAGGAAAUUUCCAAUGAAGCUCAACCAAACCUGGAAACCCAUGAAAAAUCAGGAGAGAUUAUGCUUGAAUUGAAUUCAACUACUUCCGCUCCAUAUCCACCAGUCAAUUUUAAUGAAAGUUCUUCGAAAACUAAAGUUUCUACAGGAAAGAGGAAGAUGAAGUCUGAGAUGCCACCCAAGACUGUUAUGCCCAUUGAUGAGAUGAACCAGCUAUUGGUUAGGCAUCGUCGUUCUUCUCGGGCAAUGAAACCGCGUUGGUCAUCUCCACUUGACAAGGAAAUCCUAGCUGCAAAAUCACAAAUUGAGAAUGCUCCUCCUGCAGGGAAGAACAAUAGAGAACUUUAUGCUCCUCUUUUCAGGAAUGUUUCUAUGUUUAAGAGGAGUUACGAAUUGAUGGAACGCACACUAAAGGUUUAUGUCUAUCGAGAAGGUGAGAAACCGAUAUUUCACCAGCCUAUUCUCAAAGGUUUGUACGCUUCGGAAGGAUGGUUUAUGAAACUAAUGGAGAGAAACAAUCGUUUCGUUGUAAAGGAUCCUAGGAAAGCUCAUUUGUUUUAUAUGCCGUUUAGUUCGAGGAUGUUAGAACAUACCUUGUAUGUUCGCAAUUCUCAUGACCGCACGAAUCUACGCCAAUAUCUCAAGCUUUAUUCAGAAACUAUCGCCUCUAAGUACCGUUUCUGGAAUAGGACUGGCGGAGCCGAUCAUUUUCUUGUCGCUUGUCACGAUUGGGCACCUUAUGAAACAAGGCACCACAUGGAACAUUGCCUGAAAGCCCUAUGCAAUGCGGACGUAACCGCAGGUUUCAAAAUAGGUCGAGAUGUCUCCCUACCCGAAACAUACGUAAGAUCAGCGAGAAAUCCCCUAAGAGAUCUUGGGGGCUACCCUCCUUCCAAGAGAGACAUUCUGGCAUUCUACGCAGGCAACAUGCAUGGUUACUUAAGAACAAUUUUGCUAGAAAAAUGGAAGGACCGAGACCCCGAAAUGAAAAUCCUCGGUCCCAUGCCCCCAGGUGUAGCCAGCAAGAUGAAUUACAUUCAGCACAUGAAGACUAGCAAGUACUGUAUCUGCCCUAAGGGCUACGAGGUCAACAGCCCGAGAGUUGUAGAAGCCAUAUUUUACGAAUGUGUACCCGUAAUCAUAUCCGACAAUUUCGUGCCCCCUUUUUUCGAGGUGUUGGAUUGGAAUGCAUUCUCUGUUAUUGUAGCAGAGAAAGAUAUAGAAAAGUUGAAAGAGAUAUUGGUAUCCAUACCAGAAAAGAGAUAUUUAGAGCUGCAAUUGGGAGUGAGGAAAGUUCAGCAGCAUUUCCUUUGGCAUCCAAAACCAUUGAAGUAUGAUUUGUUUCACAUGACACUUCACUCCAUUUGGUACAACAGAGUUUUUCAAAUGAAACCAAGAUGAUCUUGAAAUCAUCAGCCCAACUGAAUCUAACUUUGUACAUAAAGCUUUCUUGUGCAUGUUUUUCUUUAGUUAUUUCUGUCUUGCAGUUUAUGUUU